AUGGUGCGCUCCUCAGCCCACAAUCCAACAGCGUCCACCUCUGCAUGCCCCCCGAUCGCUCUCUCUGGGUGUGGGGUCGGCAAGACCAAGUCCUUUUCUCCUACUCUCCGUACACGCUCCCGAAGCCCCAAGUUCGAGCUCUCCGAACCCCGACCAUCCAAGUUCACCCCACCCUCUUACGAGCUGUAUGAACGCGAACUGGUGCUGUACGACCAGCUCGGUGGGGGUUCUAACCUCGAUCAUCAGAUUGAGGAGCUGCGGCGUACUGUGGCGGAGGGGCACCGCGCCGAACGGGGGCGUACGUGGGAGGCGCUUCUCGUCCUCGCACUGGUGUUCAGGUUCGACAUACAGGAGUCCGCUGCCGACCUAGAAGAGGCGAGAGCCGUCGCGGAAGCGGUGGUGAAGUGUACCGAGCUGCGCACAGGUGCCCAUACACAAGCAUUAUUCGUCUUUGGCCGGGUGUGGGAAGCCGCAUAUAGGCACUGGGGGAGCACGGACGUCCUCGAGCGCGCAUACAAGUGCGUUGUCGACGCCCGGGCGAACGCAGACUCCGACUGCUCAGGCGAUAGCGCGCGGUAUAGUGAUGGGUUGGAUUUGCUCACUGGGUGGCUGCUGACCUACCAUAUACCUGUCAUACGCGCGGGGGGUGACUUGAGUGAGGCUAUUACGCUCGUGUCUGCUGGGGUGGACAGGCUGGGAGAAAAAGACCCAUGGAAGGCACUCGGCCUCGGGAUCCUUAGCCGCGCAUAUAGGUGGCAGUGGCAUCUCACGGGCUGCUCAGACUGGACAUAUCUCUACAAAAGCGAUGAGCUUGUACGCCAGGCACUCGAAAUCCGCCCCAACAAUAGGAGAAGGCAUUGUCUCCUCCACAUGUUGGCUAGCACCUGUCAGGACAGGUUCGACGGCGGAGAGGGCGUGCAAUAUCUGCACGAAGCCCUGGCCGCUGCACAGGAGAGCGUGCGACAGGCUCGGGAGAUACGGCCAAAUGUCACCCGGUUCGAGGAUAGGAAUGUCAUCCAGUCACUUGCUAUGGCGUACUUUACCCUCUCCCGCGUCGAGGGCAGGCUGAAGGACCUCGACAAGGCUAUCGCGUACCAGACACUGAUAAGCGAGACGAGUGGACCCGACGAACCGCCGAGCUUCUUCCUCAAUCUUUGCGUAUUUCUUUCAUUCCGAUUCCGCAUGGCCGGCCGGCUGAUCGACAUCGAUAACGCUAUCGAAGCCGGACAUAGGGCCUUGGAACGCACUCGCCCAGAUUCGCUCCAGACCGAACUUACACUCUCAACCCUUGGAAACGCACACGCACUCCGGUUUGUGCACGGUGGAGACCAGGCUGAUUUCGACGCUGCAUACAAAUACCUCGAUCAAGCUGCGACACGGGUGCGCGCAAACAAGUGCACGCUCGCUCUCCUCCCCUGUAUUACCCGCGCGCUCGCGGCCAUAUACGAUGUCCAGUUUGAGACGCAUGCGCGGCUGGAAGACAUAGAUUUUUCCGUUCGCUACCAGACGGAAUGCGUUUCCGGAGCGGGAGAGAACUACGAGAAGCCGAACUUUUACUCCGAGCUUGGAGGAUACCUCUCCAAGCGGUAUGAAGCUGGCAAGGACGAGACGGACUUGGAUGAAGCUAUUAUUAACCACGAGAUUGCGCUGGCUACAGUCGCCACUGGGCUGACGGAGAGGCAUAUGAUCCUCUGGCGGUAUGGCCGUUCCCUUGCACACCGGUACCAGCUGCAUAACGAGCCAAGCGACUUUGACAAAUGCGCACAUAUCAUGAAGGAGGCUGCGAUUGCCGCCCGUGCUGCGGCCCAUCCCAAGACCUCGCAGUACCUUGCCGACCUCGCCAGUCUCUUCAGCAUGCGCUACGAAGCGCAGGGGGAGAAGGAAGACCUGGACAUCUCCCUUCGGUAUUACGCGGUCUCGUACGCCGUGCCAGAGGGCUUCAUCGACAACCGCUUCCAGUCUGCACUCGCUGCUGCCCGACUGGCGCAGGACAACAACCGACCCAAGGACGCGGUCAAUGCCUUCUCAGCAGCGAUCGGGAUGCUCCCUCGGCUUGCGUGGCUCGGCCUCAACUCGAGCCGUAGGCACGCCAAGCUCAUCAACUAUGCCAGUCAACUGGCGUCCGACGCCGCCGCUUCGGCUAUCCAGGCCGGACAGCUGGAGCGCGCAGUUGAGUUGCUGGAAGAGGGACGCAGUGUCCUCUGGCGAUCGAUGAUGGAGCUCCGGACGGAUUUCAGUAGCUUGGAAAACAGCGCACCGGGUUUGGCACGUGAACUGGUCCUUGUUGCUCAGUCCCUCGAGUAUGACGGUAUGAGCACGGCGAAGCUCACUGAGCGGCAGUUGGAGGAACGCGCUCAGCAUCGCCGGCGGACGGCAGAACGCUGGGAGUUCCUGAUCGAACAAGUGAGGAAGGUUCCGGAAUUUGAAGGGUUCCUCAAGCCCCUGUCAUUCUCCGAGUUAAGAAAGGCUGCCGCAGAAGGCCCGGUUGUGAUCCUCAACGCAAGCAAGUACAGGAGUGAUGCGCUCAUCAUACACCCUCAGGGAAUGGUCAGGUGUAUCUCUCUAGAGGGACUGAACAUAGACACCGUCAAGCAGCUCAACUUUGUCUUUUCGAAGGCUCUCCGUAUCCCCAGGGAUCAGAAUGGGUGCCGGUUCAUCGAGCAGCUCUUGCGCGUCGUUUCCUCUCGUCUAUGGUAUGGCGGGUUGUCCAACGUCGCCGAGGCGCUCGCGUCGUGCGCUCCCCCGCCGUCGGUUUCAGAAGAACUCUUCCGGGUAUGGUGGAUGCCAACGGGACUUUUGAGUCUCCUGCCUGUUCAGUGUGCGGGCCCAUAUGAUAGCCGCACAGACCAGCCGGGUAUUGCAGACCUUUUCGUUUCAUCUUUUACGACCACCCUUUCGUCCCUCCUGGCCGCGCGCAACUCGCAGGCCAGUGGAUCGUGCGAUACUCCAGCCCGUAUGGUCGCUAUCUCACAGGCGUCCACGCCGGGCAACGCCCCCCUCCGUGCUGCAGGGGUGGAGAUCGAAGUCCUGGCCCAGUCACGUUUCUCACCGGGCAUCACCUUCCUACGCGAAGACACCGCGUCCGUAUCCUCCUUCACCUCCGCGCUCACAUCGCACAACUGGGUACAUUGUUGUUGCCAUGGACACUGGGACUCAGAGCAUCCGCUGGACAGUGCGUUCGACCUUUGCGAUGGCCGGCUCAUGCUCCACCAAAUCAUUUCUUUGCGCUUGGACCAAGCGGACUUUGCAUUUCUCAGCGCAUGUCAUACAGCGAGACAGAGCGUCUCUUUACCUGACGAGAGCAUGCACCUAGCUGCGGGACUGCAGAUCGCUGGAUUCCGCGGUGUGCUGGCCACAGCAUGGGCGAUGGCGGACAGAGAUGGGCCCGCGCUGGCAUGGCAUUUUUACAAGGCGCUGGAAGGGAUGGGAAGGGGGAUGGACGCACGUUGCGCUGCGAGGGCCAUGCAGAGUGCGGUUCGUGAGCUGAGGAGAGAGGGGAUGCCGAUGCAUCGCUGGGCUGCUUUUGUUCAUAUUGGGAUCUGAUGGGGUGGUACUGCUUUGAUAUCUAUUUUCAUGUUAUUUGGAUCUCACGAUUAUUUACUCUCGGAAUAUAACUUAUCUUGUAGCAAUGUGUAACCCUGCUUAUUAUUAAUAUUAUC